GCUUACCAGCCUUCUUACAGGAACGGAGAAUGAGAAUGAUUGAUUGAAGGCUAGAGGUUAGCUAAACAGACUUCUGAAUGGGACUCCGAGUGCCUUACAUCCCUGCAGCCCCUUCCCCUUCCUACAGCCCCAGCAGCAAAUGAAGCACACUUGCAGACAGCAGCCAUCUCCUUGUGGACAGUGGUGGCCGCUGUGCAGGCUAUAGAGAGGAAAGUGGAGGUCCACAGCCGGCGACUUCUACACCUAGAAGGUCGGACAGGGACAGCAGAGAAGAAACUAGCCAGCUGUGAAAAGACAGUGACUGAGCUUGGAAACCAGCUGGAUGGCAAGUGGGCUGUGCUGGGAACCCUGCUGCAGGAGUAUGGGCUGCUGCAAAGGCGUCUGGAGAACUUGGAGAACCUGCUAAGAAACAGGAACUUCUGGAUCCUACGGCUCCCUCCAGGUAUUAAGGGAGAUAUCCCAAAGGUCCCUGUGGCAUUUGAUGAUGUCUCCAUCUACUUUUCCACUCCAGAGUGGGAAAAACUAGAAGAAUGGCAAAAGGAACUUUACAAGAAUAUCAUGAAGGGCAACUACGAGUCUCUCAUCUCCAUGGAUUAUGCUAUAAAUCAACCUGAUGUCUUAUCUCAGAUUCAACCAGAAGGAGAACAUAAUACAGAGAACCAGGCAGGACCAGAGGAAAGUGAGAUUCCUACAGACCCCAGUGAAGAGCCUGGUAUUUCAACAUCAGAUAUUCUGUCGUGGAUUAAACAAGAGGAAGAGCCUCAGGUUGGGGCCCCACAGGAAUCCAAGGAGAGUGACAUAUACAAAAGUACCUAUGCUGAUGAAGAGCUUGUCAUCAAGGCUGAAGGACUUGCUAGAACCUCAUUGUGCCCUGAGGUUCCAGUCCCCUUCUCUUCACCACCAUCUGCAGCAAAGGAUACUUUUUCAGAUGUGGCUUUCAAAAGCCAGCCACCUGCAUCCACAGCACCUUUUGGACGUCCAUCCACUGACCUGCCGGAAGCCUCUGAGGGACAAGUGUCUUUUACUCAGUUGGGUAGCUACCCCCUCCCACCUCCAGUUGGGGAGCAGAUGUUCUCAUGCCACCACUGUGGCAAGAAUCUCAGCCAAGACAUGUUGCUGACCCAUCAGUGUAGCCAUGCGGGUGAGCACCCCCUACCCUGUGCCCAGUGCCCUAAGCACUUUCCUCCUCAAGCUGACCUGAGCAGCUCCUCCCAGGACCAUGCCAGUGAAGCACCCCCGACUUGCCCACACUGCGCCAGGACUUUUACUCACCCUUCAAGACUUACAUACCAUCUUCGUGUCCAUAACAGCACAGAGCGCCCUUUCCUCUGUCCUGAUUGCCCCAAGCGCUUUGCUGACCAGGCCAGACUCACCAGCCAUCGGCGAGCUCAUGCAAGUGAGAGGCCCUUCCGCUGUGCCCAGUGCGGCAGGAGCUUCAGCUUGAAAAUCAGCCUCCUGCUCCACCAGCGAGGUCAUGCGCAGGAGCGCCCUUUCUCCUGCCCUCAGUGUGGCAUUGACUUCAAUGGCCACUCAGCCCUGAUCCGCCAUCAGAUGAUCCAUACCGGUGAGCGUCCUUACCCGUGCACUGACUGUAGUAAGAGCUUUAUGCGCAAGGAGCACCUGCUGAACCACAGGCGGCUGCACACGGGUGAGCGGCCCUUCAGCUGUCCUCACUGCGGCAAAAGCUUCAUCCGCAAGCACCAUCUUAUGAAACACCAGCGCAUCCACACAGGGGAGCGGCCCUACCCCUGCUCCUUCUGCGGCAGAAGCUUUCGCUACAAACAGACACUCAAGGACCACCUGCGUUCGGGCCACAAUGGAGGCUGUGGGGGUGAUAGUGACCCAUCCAGUCAGCCACCUGACCCACCAGGCCCCCUCUUAACUGGGCUUGAAACCUCUGGCAUAGGUGUUAACACUGAAGGCCUAGAGGCCAAUCAGUGGUAUGGGGAAGGGAGUGGAGGGGGAGUUUUGUAAAUCUAAAUCUCUGUGGCUUCAUGGUUACCUGUGCUCACAGCAGGGCAGAGAAUCUGUGAGCCCCUUCACCACCCACAGUAAUUACUUUCUGGCAUAUCAGUGAAUUUGGGGUCCUAUACACUUGACAAGAGACAUGCUUGUGUUUUGGAGCUUCACACUGUUAAAAGAAUACCACAUUUUGAAACCCAGAAAGACCUGGAAAGGAGUCCAGCAUCCCCAUCUUUCCAGUUAUAAGAAUAUUGCAGAGAGGUUGGAAAGCAAGAUUUGACCUAUCAUUAUCCUGUUAUCAAAGGAUAACAGCUUGAUAAUAGAUUGUAUCUCUGGGUAGAGACAGGUGCAUGGGAAGUACCUGCAAAGCUUGACGCCUAUCAUGAGGCAUGGAAAUGUUUAACUAAACUCAUUAAUUCGUUGAUAGGUAAGAUGGUUGUUGGAGAAAGUUCUUAAACCACUGCUUUGUUCCUGCCUCUCAAAACCAGCUAAGAUCUGUUCAUAUGCCUCUCUAUAGCUGUCUUUUCCUGAAACAUGAUAACUCAAGACUGCCUUCCUAGGUUUCCUAGAUUAAUUCUUCAAAUACAUUUUGUUUAAUAUUGAAUGAACAAGAAAUCUGACUUUAAAAGAUUA